AUGGCAUCGUAUCCAUGUGCAGUUUUCCCCGAAGAAAUAGAUCCAUUUGUUCAAAGCAUUCGCCCCUACGAAAUUGUUGAUAUAGGGAGCAAAGGUUGGAUAGAGCAGCAUGAAGUGUUGCAAAAACUCUGCCAACAGGCUUUCAUCGAAGCGUCCACCAAACAAGAAGAAAUUGUAAAGGAACGAUUAAUGCUGGAAGGUAAAAUUCCGCUCCUCAUACAUGAGCUGUACAGCGUUCUGGUUUGGCGUACGGAAGUUUUAUCGCGCUUGUUAGCGCUGAAGGACCCUGAUGCCACCUUCGUACUUUACAGCGUAAUUUACCACGAAGCUAACAUUUGUUCUUUGUUGGAAACCGUACUGUAUCAUCGUACCAGCUGCGAGGCGCUCGAUAGUAGUGCCCUCGAUCUAAUAGAUUAUUGCGCUCAAGCAAUCGGUCGAUUGAUUGGCUUGUUAGCGAACGGUUACAACGAUCUUGAAGAUGAUCCACCGCCGAACGAACUAUUGAACGAAUCCACUUCGGAAGAAGUCAUACGAAUGGGACGUGGAAUGGACUUUCGUAUUGGAAUCAAAUGUCUGGGUGUGGUGUCUUAUCUAGUUGAAGGUCUAGAGCUGUUGCCACUUAGUGCCGUGACCCGUCUUGUACGUGUCCACGAUUUUCCCUGCUUGAUUGCGGAAAUACUUCACGCCAAACCAUGGCUGCGCCGUAACAGCGAAGGUAUAUUUGAAAAAUACCGUAACACCAGCUGGCUGCCGGCACACGGAGAUGCGGUGCUUAAGGUGACGGAAACCGAGGCCCAAACAUGGUUCUGUCUAUAUCGACUGUUAUUUAACGGUGAGCUUAUGAGAGAUUACGAAAUUAACGGUUACAGAUAUCGAGAAAUUGGCAAAUGCGUUGGUCUACUGAACGAGCAGUUGUUAGAUCAAUUGCCAGCAUUAAUUCCCUUGAAGCAGCAUCUCUGCACCAUGCAGCUGACGAAAGAAAAUGUCUCAACAGGAACUACGUCUACGUCGCUUCUGUUGGAGGAAUUGCCCGAAAUGCGAGAACAGCUUCUUCGAACAGCACGCCAAAUUGGUUGGGAUCAAAUCGUGGCAAAGCAACGUAACAUUUUCAUUGACCUCGAUGAUCAGGAUGUACUUGAAAUGGCGAAGCGUAUUAAUGCCGCGUAUAAUACCGAUCUACUGGAGAAGUAUACCGAGCAGGAGGAAAAGCGCAACAAACAAAGCGAAACAGACCAGUCCGCGACAAAGGUUUGUGGCAAUUGCGGAGCGUUGGCGGCAAAGAAAUGCUCCAGAUGUUUGCAUGUUUUCUACUGCUCACGUGACUGUCAACUGCAAAACUGGCCCGAUCACAAAGAACUCUGCAGUCAGCUGAAAUAA